AUGACUACAGUACAAACUUAUACACAAACUGCACCCGUCUUUAAGACUGUUAACACAUCGGUUGCAAAUAAAAAGGUGAAAUUCAACGAUGGAAAUCAAUUUCCAAUUGUUGGUUUGGGAACAUGGAAAGCUAAAGACGAAGAUGUUUACUACUCCGUCAAAAAUGCCUUGGAUUCUGGCUACAGGCAUAUUGACACCGCCGCUGCCUAUGGAAAUGAAGAACAAAUAGGUAAAGCCAUUAAGGAUUCAGGAAUCCCCAGAAAAGAACUCUAUAUAACCACCAAAUUGUGGUCUAAUCGUCACCAUGAUCCAGUUGGGGCCAUUAAAGAGUCACUAGACAAGUUGCAAUUAGACUAUGUCGACUUGUACCUCUUACAUUGGCCUGUGUUUUUGAACCCCCAAGGAACACCUGCCAGAGUUCCUUUAUUACCAAAUGGACAAAGAGACAUUGUUUUAGACUGGUCUUUUGUGAAGACAUACAGCUUAAUGCAUGAUGUUCAUGAUUUGGGAUUGGCAAAGUCUAUCGGAGUUUCUAAUUUUUCCGUGAAGAACAUGAAGAUAUUAUUGGCAGCACCUGAAACUAAGAUUACCCCAGUGGUAAAUCAAGUGGAGUUGCACCCACACUUACCACAGUUUGCUUUGGGAGAAUUAUGUGCCCAACACGGUAUCAAGCUCCAGGCCUAUUCUCCAUUAGGAUCAAAUGGAAGUCCCGUGUUAAAGGACGAGACUUUAUUGACCAUUGCAGAAAAGUAUGGGGUUUCUCCUGCAACUGUGGUUUUCAGUUGGAUGUGCAGAAGGGAUGUCAUCUACUUGCCCAAGUCGCUUAACAAGCAUAGAUUAGCUCUGAAUUUAAAGAGUGUUGACUUGAGUGACGAGGAUGUCGAUGCGAUCAAUCGUAUCCAUAAAACCUUCUCUAAGAGGUACAAUGAUCAAGAUUGGUCUCCUAUGAAGCCAUUUGAAGAAGAUGAGUAA